GACACUUAAUGACUGAGCCACCCCGGUGCCCCCAGCAGCCUACUCUUGAUUUCAGCUCAGGUCAUGCUCCCAGGGUCGUGGGAUCAAGCCCUGGGUUGGGCUCCACACCAAGAGCAGAGCCUGCUUAAGAUUCUCUCUCUGUGUCUCUCUGUCUGCCUUUCUCCCCUGCUUGUGCACAUGCUCUCCCCUCUCUAAAAUAAAAAAUAAAAAAAUAAAAAAUAAAAAGAGAUACGGAUAGAGUACUAACGGGAAAGUCAGACUGAGCCCGGCUAGUGCUCGCUUCAGUCCUGGGCUUCUGCACCCUCCAGACGCCAGUGCUCACACAGGGCACAUGAAGUUACCAGGUGUCCACCCAAAAGAGUAGUCCCCUACCCCUUCCACUAACCAGAGAACAUUUUGUAUUAAAUUGAGAUUGUCCUCCUUUAGCAUUUUUGUUUGUUUUCUUUCCACUGAGAAUUUUGUAUUAAACUAUUCAGAAUUGUGUAGUACUUGUUUUGUGUUUGUUUUUGUUUUAAAGAUUCCACACUUCUCUUUUGAUUAAAACAUGUUGUUGGCUGACAAUUCCUGGGGUUUUUGGCACACCAGUUCUCAUGUCAACCCCCUUCAUCCUCAUUGUCUCCCCUCUAGACAACUGGCAUCUGGUAGUGAGGAUUUCGGUGUCAUUUCUGCUGACCUCAUCCCCGACCUACAGAAGACAGUCGGGGCUAAGUUCGGCACCCCCGCACCGUAUCAGGUUCAGGCCUGAGGAAGGCAGAAGGGUUCUUACCAUACCUAUUGGGCAAAGGAAGAGACUGACCCACAACUGAGCUCCAAGACUCCUCGAGGUCACACUGAUGGUCAAGGCCUGCGCUCCCGUGUUUCAGAGAGAGACGGAAGAGCGCUCGACUGCUGAAUUUAAAGCCGGGUGCCAAGAGUGAAGCAGCAUGGAUGCCGUCAGCCAGGUCCCCAUGGAGGCUGUGCUCCCCAAGCACAUCCUGGAUAUCUGGGUCAUUGUCCUCAUCAUCCUGGCCACCAUUGUCAUCAUGACCUCUUUGUUACUGUGCCCGGCCACUGCGGUCAUUAUCUAUCGCAUGCGGACUCAUCCUGUCCUCAAUGGGGCUGUGUGAGAACCUCCCAAGAGGGGCAGUGAGGGAUGUGGAUGGUGUCCCCUCCCCCAGCCUCUUCCUUCUCAGAAAAGCGACGGGACGGGCUUUGCUGUGUGGACUCAGGAGCUUGAUAUGAGAGAGGAGAUCCGAGUUCUUGUUUGGAUUUUGCCACUGGCCAGCUGUGUGAGUUCAGUCAAGGGAUCUAAUUCUGUGGGUUCCCGAUUCCUUUUAAAUGGGGGUCAUGAUCCCUGCCCUUCCUACCUCAUGGGGUUGUAAGAACCGAUGACUUGGUGGAGGUUACGGCUGUUUGCGAUAGUGAGCAGCAAAGCCACCAUGGAUGUACAGGUGUCACUGCUGAAUGCUGAGAAGCUUUGAAGAACCAAACAACCUAAUUACUGAUGGUGGCCUUCAAGGUGGUGAGGGAGACACUGGGGGCAGAGCAGCCUUUGCCAGUGCCCCUCAGGUCAAACCAAGCAAAGGCACCCUAUCCGCAUUCCAAGGGGCCAGCAGCGGCACUUUGGUUCACAGCAUUUUCUUUGCUGUGCCCCUCUCUCACGUUAUGUAAUUUGGAGGGAACUGAGCACGGCAGGGGAAGGGAGAUGGGUCGAACUUCCCAGGAUGUCUGUGCCAGAAUGUCGACAGUCAGAAGGGCUCUGCCAUUUCUUGGCAAUGCCAAGGGACCUGGGCUGACAGGCUUCUUUUUGCAUUGGAGUCUCAGCGCUGCGAUAGUCGAGCACUGCGGGAAAACACAGGGUGGUCGAGUUCCCUGGCCAGCUUUCAUGAUCUCCAGCCCCCACCCCCUUGUGUGCCCACACUUGAGAAAUGUCCCCCCACCCCAGCACCUGCUAUCAUCAGCUCCGUGGUAUAAAGUGCAUGCCCUUCCCUCCCUCCCACCAGCACUGCAACCAAUCUAAGCUACAGAUUUUAAGAGAUGUUCCCGGGACUUUUGGAACUAACUUAAAACAACGGUGGUUAUUUUAGAUGCUAUGAUCUAUAUUUAUAUAGAUUUCUGGACUGCUCAAGCUCCUUGACCAAAAUCAACGACAUCUUGGGAUUUAUUAAAUUAUGUAAUAGCACAGACAUCAGAAUAUUGUGUGGAAGUAAUGCCUUUACUUUGGUCUGAUUUCGUUGAUGUACACAACCAAUUUCCAAUAAAGUGCUAGAAUGAGCA